GGUGGGCAUGUGCACCGUAACAUCGUAGUGAUCUUUGCACUAUAAGUACAAUUCCCACAUCAAUCGAGAUUCGUCUUCAUUGGAUCAACCUCCACCUCCUUCUCCGCCUAUUUAAAUACCCAACCCACCUAACGCCAUUCUGAAACUCUAUUACUUCUCAUGUCUUCUCUAUUUGAGGAUUUCUGGCCGCUGCUUUACUCUGAUCGGUUCAGAUCAAGCACUGGAAUUUUUUCAGGGUCCCUUUUGCAGAGAAUAACCGACUCAAUGACCGUCACGAGUUGUGAAUCCGUAGAACUAAAAACAUGCCGCGACGAGUCAGCGGCAAUGGUUCUCAAAUUUGUCGCCAUCGCCUCCAUUCUCUUCGCGGGAGUCGUGGGUGUCGCCAUUCCGCUUGUGGGCAAGCACAGAAAGUUCCUCCGCACCGACGGGAGCCUCUUUGUUGCAUUUAAGGCCUUCGCCGCUGGCGUGAUUCUGGCCACCGGUUUUGUUCAUAUGCUUUCCGACGGCUCGGAAGCUCUCAGUGAUCCUUGUCUGCCGGAAUAUCCUUGGUCCAAGUUUCCAUUUUCCGGAUUCUUUGCUAUGAUUUCUGCCUUGAUUACUUUGCUUGUGGAUUUUGUUGGGACUCAAUAUUACGAGAGGAAACAGGGCCUGACUCGGGGUAGCACUGAGGAGGAGGCCCGGGUCGGGUCGGAUGCGGCAGUGUCGGAUACAGGCAUUGUGCCGGCUGUGGAGAGUAAGGAGCAGAAUUACAAGGUGUUCGGCGAAGAAGAAAAUGGAGGCAUGCACAUAGUGGGAAUGCGCGCCCACGCGGCUCACCACCGGCACAACCACCCCAGUGGACAGAACGGAUGCGACGCGCUGGUGAGAACUCGCGAGCACGAUCACCAUGGUCACGGCCAUAGCCACGGGCACAGUCAUGAGCUCGGAGAGGAGGACGUGGAGAGCGGCUCGAGGCACGUUGUCGUCUCACAGAUUUUGGAACUUGGGAUUGUGUCACAUUCGGUCAUUAUUGGGCUAUCACUGGGAGUUUCAAGUAGUCCGUGCACAAUAAGGCCACUGAUCGCAGCCCUAUCAUUCCAUCAAUUUUUCGAAGGAUUCGCGCUUGGAGGCUGCAUCUCUCAAGCACAAUUCAAGAACAUGUCAGCCACCAUAAUGGCAUGCUUCUUUGCCAUUACCACUCCUGCAGGGAUUGGCAUUGGUAUUGCAAUAGCUUCUUUCUACAACGCUUACAGUGUUGGUGCUCUAAUCGUGGAAGGCAUCUUAGAUUGCUUGUCAGCUGGAAUUCUAGUGUAUAUGGCAUUGGUGGAUCUGAUUGCUGCGGAUUUCCUCAGUAAGAGGAUGAGCUGCAAUUUUAGACUUCAAGUAGUGUCUUACUGCAUGCUUUUCCUUGGUGCCGGAAUGAUGUCUUUGCUAGCAAUCUGGGCUUGAACUCGAUUGAUAGAUAGAAGUUAGAACCAUAUUCUUUUUGGUUCCUUCUGCUCCAUUUGUCUCAGAACAACCACAUUCUAAAGACAGAAAUUCAUCAAAGUUUCCCAGGAACUGGGUACACCAAAAUCAGAUGAUGUAGUCUUAUUUCGUAUAGUGAUUUUGUAUAAUUACUGGAUCCUAAAUAUCCUGUUCCCUAAAGGCUGGUGAAAGAAUGCCAAUUUUCCUUAAUUAAUGGAAAGUACAAGUUGUUUUGAGCAUAAUUUGCUUUUGGGUCAAAUGAUUCCGAAACUCUCCCCACAAAGAUUAUCAAUUUUAAGUAUUAAAUAUUCUUGUCUCUCACAAUCUUUAUUUUAAUAAACUGAUUUCAAUUUU